AUGUCUCUCCCUAAUGGCGUGUACCGCGCCGAUCAGGUCGGCUCUUUUCUACGACCAAAAGCGCUUCUCGAGGCACGCGAACAGGCUGCUGAAGGCAAGCUGAAGGUCGAGCAGCUGAGAGAGCUAGAAGACAAAUACGUCGCCAAUGUCGUCGACAAACAGCUUACUGCUGGAUUACGGGCCAUUACAGAUGGAGAGUUCAGGCGACAAUGGUUUCACGUCGAUUUCUUGAGAAAUCUUAGCGGCAUAGAGCUUCGUGGUGCUCUACAGUCUACCAAUGUUAGCGUAGGAGGUACCAUGCCUCCACGACUCGUUGUCGUUGACAAGAUUGGCCACCCGAAGCCAAUUCAAGUCGAUGAUUACAAGUAUCUCGAGUCUCGGAUCGCAGCAGCUGGCGCCAAGGCCACACCGAAGGUCUGCAUCCCGUCGCCGACUAUGAUUCACUUCCGCAAUACUCGCGAGACUAUUGAUGAGAAGGCUUACCCGACACUGGAGCCGUUCUUUGAGGACCUCGCGCGUGUAUACCAGGAGGAGUUAGAUGACCUCUACAAAGCCGGUGCUCGCUUUGUACAGCUCGACGACACUAACUUAGCCUAUCUCUGCGAUCCCAAGAUGCGUGCUGAGGCUGAGGAGCGACAUGGCGAUGCUAACCUUCUUGCUCGUCAAUACGCCGCACUUAUUAAUGCGGCUAUCUCGAAGCGUCCCGCCGAUUUGACUAUUGGAAUACAUCUAUGCCGCGGUAACCACCGCUCGCAAUGGUUCGCGCAAGGUGGAUACGAACCCGUAGCCGAAGUUCUAUUCAAGGACCUGAACGUGGAUGCUUACUUCCUCGAGUACGACGAUGCGCGAUCAGGAGAUUUUUCGCCGCUCCGCCAUCUACCCGAAAACAAGAUUGUCGUCCUUGGUGUCAUGACAAGUAAGAAGGCCGCCCUCGAAGACAAGGCUGAGAUUAUUAAGCGUCUCAAUGAAGCUGCUUCGUUCUGCCCCAAGGGCCUGAAGCAACUCUGCCUCAGCCACCAGUGCGGCUUUAGCUCGACGUCUGAGGGUAAUGAUCUUACCGAGGAAGAACAAUGGGCCAAGGUCAAGCUGGAGGUGGAGAUUGCUAAGGAAGUUUGGGGAGAUGAUCUAUCCAUCUAA